CUCAUGAUCUUCUCAAUCAAAACAUUUACUGCAAUUGCUCUCUUCUGCUCAACUUUUGUUGAAGCCGCUCCUAUUGAUGGCCUUACUAAAAGGGCCCCUAAGGUCCUUGGAUUAGAUUUUGAUGUGAUCAAAAAAAGUCAUCACAAUUCAACUCAAAAGCGUAGUGGUGAAUAUAACUCCCCAUUGACAAAUGAAGGAUAUUAUUACAUUACUUAUCUUGAAUUUGGUACUGAUCACCAGAAGAUUGGUGUUGAUAUUGAUACAGGAUCUGCGGAUUUAUGGGUUCCAAACACUAGCGCAAACUCUGAUGUUCAGGAAUAUGGUGUUUAUGACCCAUCUGGAUCAUCUGAUUAUCAAGAUACUGGUGAAGCAUUUUCUAUUAAGUAUGGAGACGCUUCAGAGAGUACUGGAUCAACUGGGGAAUUUGUUACUGAUCUAGUAUCCUUAGCUGAUGGUUCCGCUGCACUUAAAAAUUUCCAAUUUGCCUCUGUCUCUGACACUAGCGUUGACCAACUGGGUAUCCUCGGCAUUGGGUUAACCUCUCUUGAAGCUCCUGUUUAUCAAGGCGGUGGUUCAGAGUAUCCAAACUUCCCUGUAGCCUUGAAAAAUGCGGGCUACAUCGAUAAGGUUGCCUAUUCCCUCUCGUUAAAUUCGAAGGAAGCAACUACAGGAUCUUUACUUUUUGGAGGAAAAGACACUGCUCAAUAUGAAGGAGAUUUGGUAGUGCUUCAACACAGUGGUGAAACUGCCAGACUUGAUGCCACUUUAAAUUCUGUUGACGUUGCUGGUACUACAAUUCAAGUUUCUACUCCAUACAAUUUUGACAGUGGUACUACUAUUACUAUUUUGGAUGAGAAUACUUAUAAUCUGUUAACGUCAGCCCUCGGUGCCACCGGUCAGGUGGUUAAUGGUGAACCAAUUAUCACCACUACAACAGGUUCAAUCACCUACAACUUUGAUGGUAUCAGUAUCGAUGUUCCUAUUUCGGAAAUUAUCACCGACACCCCAUAUGGUUCAGCCCUUCAAGUCCAAUACUCUGAUACUGCUAUCCUUGGUGACAAUUUCCUUAGAUACACCUACCUUGUCUUUGAUCUUGAAGAGCUGACUAUUUCCAUUGGGAGACCAACCUAUUCUUCAGAAUCUAAUAUUGUUCCUAUUUAA